AUGAUUAUCGCUGGUAUUAUUAUGGGUAUAUGUGGUCCAAUUGGAAGUAUUUUAAACAUUUGUGUUUUUACAAUGUGGUCCCGCUCUCGACAAACAACGAGCAGAUAUCAUAAUAACAAUCGAACAAGCGAUAGUCCUUUGUAUUUACUUACUUCUUCAAUAGCUGAUUUGAUUGUAAUUGUCUAUUCAUUGACCACUCGUAUUAUAUUUGAUGGUUAUCAAUAUAAAGCUACACCAAACAAUGCAUUUAUUUUAUGUAAACUCCGAUAUUAUGCUUUACAUACAUUUGAUCUGAUAUCAUUAACAUGUCUUUGUUUAGCGACAUUUGAUCGAUAUUUAAUAUCAUCACGAGAAGUUCGUUUACAACAAUUAAGUACAACAAGACAAGGAACAAAAUUAGUUAUUUUACUUCUUAUUUGUUUAAUUGGAUUACAUCAUGCUUUUUAG